AUCGACUUACGCCAAGUCUAUUGCCGUGGCUCGACGCUGUUGCUCGUGAUUCUGUUCCUCCCCGAGUUUUCCGUUCAGUGCCAAUAAUGAAGCUUUUCGUGCUCGCUCUUGGAUUACUAACCGCCAGUCCCGCUUUGGGUCAAAUCGCUCAGCAGGGAAGCCAAUAUAGCUACUCGUCCGGUAUAAGUUCGCCGGUCGGAAGCGGAGUCGCGACCACGGCCGUCGCAGCCGCUGCUCCUGUCGCGCGGGCUCCCAAGGUCCACGAAAUCCACACGACAUCCGAGCGUGAGAUAAUUCGCGUCGAAGAGUACAAGCGGCCGCGUCAAGUCAUCCGGAUCCAUGAAGCCCCCGCUCCUCCGCCGGAGAUCAUCCGCGUUCAAGCACCUCCUGAGCCCCAGAAGGUCAUCCGCGUUGUUCAGCGCGCGCGUCCCACUCGUGUCCAAUUCACCCAAACCGGUCCCGAAGUUCAGGUUGUGAACAUCCCCAUCCGCCAGGUACAACAAGUUGUGCGCCCCGUAAUCGCCGCUGCUCCAGCUGUCGUCGCCACUCCAAUCGUUCAACGAUCGGUCGCUGUGGCUCCUGCCAUCAGAACUUUCUCGGCCGCUCCGGCGACCUUCCAAACAGUCUCUGCCACACCAGUUGUCUCCAGGGCGGUCACAGUCGGUGCUCCCGUGCAGUCACUUGCCUUCGCCCCGGUUGCGAGCCGAGUCCAAACCUUCAGUGCGACUCCGUUGGCCGCGGCCGCUCCUCUCGUUUCGUACGCUUCCGCCGCCCCUGCUGUUUCAUACGGAUCCUACGCUUCGGCUCCCGUGGUAUCCUACGGCGGCAGCUACAACACCGGAUACGCUUCGAAUUACAACACUGGGUUCUACAAGAAAUCCUCCGCCAAGAAAGCAUAAAUGGAUAAUCGGAUCAGAUAGUGUCAGGAACGGUCUUAUCUCCCAGCAUGCGGCUCUUGCACCGAGCGGAUGCUCACAGACGGAACAUCUCACGUUAUUGUACGUGCGACGGAUUGGCUUCAACCUCUCACUCAUUCCCCCAUUCGCCGCGACAAAUUGAUAACUCAACAAGAAACCUCUCCUUGGCCCACAAGCCUCGUAAGCAGCUUUGUCGACGUGGAGUUGAUGGCAGGCAGUAAAUUAUAAUUUAUGAUGAAGACGAUGACGGGUGAAGAAGGAAGCCCCGCGUCCAAUCGGUGAAUCUCAGCAUCAUGACGCCCACUACUAUGUUGCAGAAAAAAUCCUGCAACACGAGUACGCUGGCAUAGAUAUUUUGUUGGACGAAUAAACCGUGGACGAACGAUGCGA